UCUCCUUCUCCCAGCCACUUUUGGGGUUUUUCUCGCAAUAAAUGACCAGCGGUCCCAAGCACAGGCUGGAAAACGCCAGGCUUUGAACCUCGUUUGCACGAACCGGGCGCAAGAGUUAAUUUUUCUAAAACCGCAGGCCCAAAAUUAGCCGCAGGCUUUUGUUUUGGGGGGGUGUUUUGCAGGUGGAGGAGGUCGAGAGCUCCAGCCCAGGGAAACCGGCUGAUUGCAAUCAUUUAGGCUUUGUUUCUGCUUUCUGCAGGAGGUAUUUCAUCAAUAACAAAAUAAAUUCUGGCUGAUAAAUUCUGGCUGCUCCUCGCGAGCACGUCCACACGAUUCUCGGGGAAAGAAAAGCAUUUUCUACUAUUUUCUCUGUCCUUUCUAACAAUGCGAACAGCUGCUGCCACUAAACCGUUUUCUCUGCUGUACAGAGCACGUUUCCUUGCAGGGUUUGGUGCGUUUUUCGGCAGGUAGCGAUGGCUGAGGCGGAGAGCGGCGAUGCACGGACACCCAGCUGCCCCGGGACCGGGGCGUCAUUCUGCAAACGCCUGGAAAACGGGAAAGGACCACGAUGGAGGACGAGGAUGUGAUGAGCGAGCGGGGUCUUGGCAGCUCCCGGCGGCGCUACGAGGAUGAGGAAGAUUACCACUCCAUCUACAUCGGCGUGCCGGUGCCCCGGGGCUACCGGAGGAAACGGCGCCGGCGCCGGUCCGCCUCGAGCCGGGACGGCCACAGUGGCAGCGAGCGGCCCUACGAGCGGCCCGAUCGCUCCGACACGGACGACGGCGGCGGCGGGCAUCUCUGCUACGAGAGCGGCAACGACAACGCCAGCAGGACCAUGUCGCCGGCGGCCGAGCGCCUGCGCUACAUCCUGGGCGAAGACGACGAGCCGCCCAACCCCACGCUCUUCACGGAGAUGGACACGCUGCAGCGCGACGGCGAGGACAUGGAGUGGAAGGAGUCGGCCAGGUGGAUAAAGUUUGAGGAGAAGGUGGAAGAGGGAGGCGAGAGGUGGAGCAAGCCCCACGUGUCGACGCUGUCCUUGCACAGCCUGUUCGAGCUGCGCACGUGCCUGCAGACGGGGACGGUGCUGCUCGACUUGGACGGCUACUCCUUGCCCCAGAUCAUCGACGACGUCGUGGAGAAGCAGAUAGAGGACGGGCUGCUCAAGCCCGAGCUGCGGGAGAAGCUCAGCUACGUGCUGCUGCGGCGUCACCGCCACCAGACCAAGAAGCCCAUCCACCGCUCCUUGGCCGACAUCGGCAAGUCCGUCUCCUCCAACACGACCCGCAGCCCCGUCCGGAGCCCGGCCGCCGGCGCCAGCUUCCACCGCUCCACCGAGGACCUGCGGAUGCGGCAGAGCGCGAGCUACGGCCGCCUGCGCCACGCGCAAAGUCGCAGCAUGAACGACAUCUCGGACACGCCGAGCACGGACCAGCUGAAGAACAAGUUCAUCAAGAAGAUCCCCAAAGACGCCGAGGCCUCCAACGUGCUGGUGGGCGAGGUGGACUUCCUCGACAAGCCCUUCGUGGCCUUCGUGCGCCUCCUCCAAGCCACGAUGCUGGGCGGGGUGACGGAGGUGCCCGUUCCCACGAGGUUCCUAUUCAUCCUCCUGGGCCCCGCGGGAAAAGCCAAGUCCUACAACGAGAUCGGCAGAGCCAUCGCGACCCUCAUGGUGGACGAUCUCUUCAGCGACGUUGCCUACAAAGCCCGCGACAGGGAAGACCUGAUCGCCGGCAUAGACGAGUUUCUGGACGAAGUCAUCGUCCUGCCACCCGGCGAGUGGGAUCCCACCAUCCGGAUAGAGCCUCCCAAGAAAGUGCCCUCUGCUGAGAAGAGGAAAUCGGUGUUCUCGCUGAAUGAAGCGGGGCAGAUGAACGGCACGGCCGGCGGGGCAGCUGCCGGCAGCAGCGGAGGCGGUGGCGGUGGCAGCAGUGAUGACGGAGAGAUGCCCGAAGUGCAUGAGAUUGGGGAAGAGCUUGCCUGGACUGGCAGGUUUUGCGGCGGUCUCUAUUUGGACAUCAAGAGGAAGCUGCCCUGGUUCCCGAGCGAUUUCUACGAGGGCUUUCAUAUCCAGUCCAUCUCGGCCAUCCUCUUCAUUUACCUGGGCUGCAUCACCAACGCCAUCACGUUCGGGGGGCUGCUCGGGGACGCUACGGACAACUACCAGGGGGUCAUGGAGAGCUUCCUUGGCACAGCCAUGGCGGGCUCCAUGUUCUGCCUCUUUGCCGGGCAGCCGCUCAUCAUCCUGAGCAGCACCGGGCCCAUCCUCAUCUUCGAGAAGCUGCUCUUCGACUUCAGCAAAGGCAACGGCAUUGACUACAUGGAGUUUCGCCUCUGGAUCGGCUUGCACUCUGCCCUCCAGUGCCUUAUCCUGGUGGCCACGGACGCCAGCUUCAUCAUCAAGUACAUCACGCGCUUCACGGAGGAAGGCUUCUCCACCCUCAUCAGCUUCAUCUUCAUCUACGACGCCAUCAAGAAGAUGAUCGGCGCCUUCAAGUACUACCCCAUCAAUUCGGACUUCAAGCCCGACUACGUGACCAUGUACAAGUGCGAGUGCGUCGCGCCCGACCCAGCGAACGCGACCUUGUUCGAUGCUCCAGCGCCGGUGGCACCGAACACCACUAACGUUUCUGUGUACAAUGCUAUUAACCUAACAGCUCUGGACUGGACCCAGCUGAGCAAGAAGGAGUGCCUGAAAUACGGCGGCAGCCUCGUGGGGAAAUCCUGCAAAUUCGUGCCGGACCUGGCCCUCAUGUCCUUCAUCCUCUUCUUCGGCACCUACUCCAUGACCCUGACGCUGAAAAAGUUCAAGUUCAGCCGCUAUUUUCCCACCAAGGUCAGGGCCUUCAUUGCCGAUUUUUCCAUCGUCUUCUCCAUCCUGCUCUUCUGCGGAGUGGACGCCUGCUUCGGGCUGGACACCCCUAAGCUGCACAUCCCCAGUAUCAUCAAGCCCACCCGGCUGGACCGCGGCUGGUUCGUGUUCCCCUUCGGCAAGAACCCGUGGUGGGUGUACCUGGCGAGCGCGCUGCCGGCCUUGCUCGUCACCAUCCUCAUCUUCAUGGACCAGCAGAUCACGGCCGUCAUCGUCAACCGGAAAGAGCACAAGCUGCGGAAAGCGGCGGGCUACCACCUGGACCUCUUCUGGGUGGGCAUCCUCAUGGCCGUGUGCUCCUUCAUGGGGCUGCCCUGGUACGUGGCGGCCACCGUCAUCUCCAUCGCCCACAUCGACAGCCUGAAGAUGGAGACGGAGACCAGCGCCCCGGGCGAGCAGCCGCAGUUCCUGGGCGUGAGGGAGCAGAGGGUGACGGGCAUCAUCGUCUUCGUGCUGACGGGCAUUUCCGUCUUUCUGGCCCCGAUUUUGAAGUACAUCCCCAUGCCGGUGCUGUACGGCGUCUUCCUCUACAUGGGCGUCGCGUCGCUCAACGGCAUCCAGUUCUGGGACCGCUGCAAGCUCUUCCUCAUGCCGGCCAAGCACCAGCCCGACUACGUGUUCCUGCGGCACGUGCCGCUGCGGCGCAUCCACCUCUUCACCCUGGUGCAGAUCGUCUGCCUGGCCGUGCUCUGGAUCCUCAAGUCCACCGUGGCCGCUAUCAUCUUCCCCGUGAUGAUCUUAGCCCUGAUCCUCGUGCGGAAGCUGCUGGACUUCGUCUUUUCCCAACACGACCUGGCCUGGAUCGACAACAUCAUCCCCGAGAAGGAGAAGAAGAAGGAGGACGACAAGAAGAAGAAGAAGAAGGGCGCCAAGGGCGACAGCAGCAGCGAUGACGAGGAAAGAGGUCCUCCGCCCGGAGCGUUGCGUUCCGACUCCUCGCCCAACGGCUCGGACCUGGAUCGCAGCAUCACGCUGCACCUGAAGAUCUCCUGCCCGUCGUCGCCGGCCUUCAGCUACGCGCGAAACCCGCUCUGCGCCGUGCCCCAGGUGAAGAUAGAGAUGGAGUCGGACUACGACGACACCGACACGGAAAAGCAGCCGCGGGACAUGGGCAGCGAGACCACGCUAUAGUCCCGCGCGGCGCUUCCCCCGCCACUUAUAUAUAUAUAUAUCGAUACCUGGAUAUUCAUAUAUAUAUAUAUAUAUAUUUAUAAAGCAAAGGGGGCUGCUUUUUCCCCGGGACGGACUGAGGAGACCUGCGGCCCCGGAGGCUCCGUUUCUCCGGUAGUUUUUAGCGUAACGAGCUAGACGCGCUGUUGACUUUCCUCCCUUUCCGCUGGGCGAAGGUGUCGGAACGAGGCUGAAAAUGUGGAAAAUGGUAUUUUGGACCCGGCGCGGCUGCUGGGAUGCGGAAGCCGGAGGCAGCGGGGAUGCGGGAGCAGCAGCCCCGGGGGGGAAAGCGGCUCCGGUUUGUCGCUGUUGCCGCUUGAGGGCAACAGCAGCCCGGCUGUGAGCGGCUCGGAGCAGGAUGGGAGCAAGGAAUUGGGAGUGGUUUCUGCAAGGAGUCAGGAAUGAUUCCUGCAGGGAAUCAGGAGUGUUUUUUUGCAUGGAAUCAGGAGCGAUUCUUGCAGGGAGUCAGGAGUGGUUUCUGCAAGGAGUCAGGAAUGUUUUUUGCAGGGAAUCGGGAGUGGUUUUUGCAUGGACUCAGGAAUGAUUCCUGCAGGGAAUCAGAAGUGGUUUUUGCAUGGACUCAGGAAUGGUUUUUGCAUGGACUCGGGAACAAUUCCUGCAGAGAAUCAGGAAUGGUUUUUGCAUGGAAUCAGGAAUGGUUUCUGCAGGGAAUCGGGAACGAUUCCUGCAGGGACUCAGGAAUGGUUUCGGCAGGGCUCCAAAGCCGCCUCUCGCGCUGUCCGGACGGGAACGAGCCGUGCCUUCCCAGCCCCUUUGCAAGGGGGUUUGCACCCGGUUUCGCUCCCGAAUCCCGGUUCUAUGCACGUGGAUUAACAGCGAGUGGCUCGAGCCGGGGAGCAGCCAGCACGCGUGUCCCCCCGCCACAGACCCCCCCACACUUCGGAGCCGAUUUCCUCCCUGGCCGGGCUGGGGGUGGGCGGCUUUGAAGAGCCCAGGUGGUUUCGGGCUCCCACCCAAGGAGCUGAUGCCCGACAGCUGAAGCGCAGAGCCUGCUCCGACAGCGUUUUUGGCUCUUCCCACCAGCCGCUUCCCCUGGAAAGGCAGGUAAGGGAGAGGUCGGGAGCCGGCAGCGCGCACGGUUCGGCUCUCGUCGCUAUUUCCAGCAGCGCCGCGGCGGCCGGGAGGCUCUCGGAGGGCUUUUCCCAGCGGUUUAGAAAAGCUGGUCUUAGGCAGCCCUCUCCGAGCUGUUUUUUUCACCCGUUUCUCUUUGCUAUAGAUGCAUUUCUCUUGCUCUAUUUCGAGGCCUCGCAGAGCCCCCCUUUCCCCCCCUGCCAGGCUCAAGCAGCCUAUUUAUACGAGCAGAGCUCUGCACUCAAACCAGCCGCACGGGGCUUUCGGGGACACGAGUCGAAUAUUGCAACUGGCCUGAACCCGCGCGUGGGACAGACCCCAGCUCUUUGUAAAUAGUCGAGCAAAGGCGAACGAGAUGACUUGAACGCCAUUUCCUAUUUAUAGCAGUUUUUCUGGUCCAAGUACGUUUCCCGCCUACCGGGGAGACGUGGCGAGAUUAAUAGAACAGUAUUACUCCAGCUGACACUUAAGCAAGAGCCACUUAGCUUUACAUUAACAACUCUUUCAACCUGAAUGCAUCACGUGUAUUAUUUUCUAGUGUUUUGUACCAAUCUCAUGUGCGGUAGCUGAAGCGUGGUACAGGUAGGCUUAUGAUUUUAAUCACUUUUGAAGACGUUCACUUGCUUUACCCGGUAUGUCAGUUCUGCUCUACAGCACCCAUGGAAAGGCUUUGUGGGCUCUUGUAGAUGUUUCAUAGAGUACAGCUUGUUUCAACUGAAUUUGUGAUUUUUGCAGUUUCACAUGUGGUUUCUACUUUUUUUUUUUUUUUUGUAUAAGACAGCACUGGAGUGUAACAAAUUUGCAGCCUCCACUACACUACCACUUUAGCCAUUUUGUAUUUGUCAUUAAUACAACCCAAUAAAUCUCAUUUAAAUUA